AUGGACAUCUCUACGAUGACUCAGUUCCGAGAGCAACUGCACCGCCACCAAUAUAGCGAUGGUGAUCACAGGAGAUACGAUAUUCCUGAAAAGCACCGGGAAAUCGGGAUAGAUAAACCAGCCUAUGAAGGUGCAGAUAGUGACGAUAACAGAAGUGAUUCGCCAGAACAUGAGCUUUGCAUGAACCUGGGCCAAAGUACUCAACGUGACUGGCUGCAAGAGGAGAGAGACCUAGACGACUCCAUUAUUCAAAGGCGGCAAUAUGACGAUGACACGAUUCGUCUCCAGAAGAGAGUGUGGGAGCUCUGGUGCCGAUUCUGCGCGGAAACUAAGCGUGAUGCACUGGAAUUGCUGAAAGCUGAUCCACCAAGCUUAAAAACACUACAUACCUUCUUUGACUACACAGUCACCACUCGUCGUCGGUAUAUCAAGGCGGCAUCAACCUUGCAGACGUACUGGAACAUUUGGACGCAACUCAGAAGAGAGAAGACGGCUCUGACAAUUCCCUCAGAGGUCAAAAAUGGAAUGGUUGGGGUCCGAGAUCAACUGACGAAGAAGCAUAAACUUCGGACAGAAUCAAAGGAAAAGCCCAUACUGCGAUCCGAAGAUGUUUUCGAAUUACUGAAGGUGCUGUGGACAACCGCAACCGAGCCAUGGGACCCAGUACAGCUUGCUCUGAUUAUUCUUUUGGCGGGAAUAACCGGACAACGACCCGGGGCACUAGUAUCGUUAAAGCAUGCCGACGUAGCGAUUACCUUGUUUCCUACCGGCCGAGAGAGACCCCACAUGGUUCUGGAAGUAAAACCACGCAACACUAAAGGUUAUAGGGGUAAAAAGAAGCCAUGCCUGGAAAUAGGUAUUCCUGAAGUCCCAAGUGAGCCUUGUUUGUUGUUCUGUCCCAAGACGUUGUUUCUCGGGCUGUUGAUACGCAAGUCUGCCUUUAGACAUCUUCAUAUCAGUUCUGCCAGGCAGCUGUAUGCGUUACAAGUGUCUAAAUCAGCUGGUUCUCUCACCCUUCACCCGGCUGACCCUGAUGCACAUCUUUUCGAUAUCUCCGCCAGGACACUAAACAGUUGGCUGAAGCGACUCGGCGAAAUUACCGGGUUCGACCUCCCUAUCACCCCCUACUGGCUGCGGCGGGGCGCAGGGGAAGCGGCCAAUAGCAGCUGCGAAAUUAGUGAGGCUCAACAGAACCUUCUACUGCAACAUGCAUCUGGAUCGGUAUAUCAGAAGAAUUACCGACCUGACUAUCUACCUGUAGACUUUAAUGCCGCCUGGAGACAACUCAAGCCACAGGUCAUGAUCAUUCGAAUGGCCAGUGGCCAAAGUCGAUCGAUCGACCGGCGACGGCCCAUUGACCUUAGCGGAGCUGAGGAAAUCGAAGCUAGAGCCAAUCUCUCAGUAAGACGUCGCUUGAAAUGCUGGCUCAAAUACAAGCAGAAAAUACAGCGGAAACAUGGUACUCUUGCAAGCGCUGCAGGAACACCCUUGUAUGCGGAAGCAAUGAAACAAAGAACGAGGUAUUAUACCGCACUCCAGGCCUCUCGUCGCGAGAUGAAGGAGAAAAAGCGGUCCCGGUUUAACGAGGAGCAACCGGUUCAGGAUGUAAUUCGGCAAGUUCAUGGCCUUCCGUUGGAAACAUACAACGUAUGUGACGAUGUUGCCCUCUCCCAGGAGAGACGGAAAGCGAUUGUUAUUCUUUUCCGUUUCGCGCCAACAUCGGAACAAGACGAAACAAACUGCAGAAUUGCAGCUGUGGAUGCAGUGUCACAGAUCGGUCCCAACCUUACGUCACGUCUGAGGGCUAUCCAUUCGAGUGAGGGGCUUCCAGGGUGGACUGCAGCAGGCUUAGGUAACAAGUGUGUUACCAUACGACCACUGGAGUGCCUGUUCUGCUCAAUAUACGGCGUGCGAGAAAAGCCGUUCAAAUCCGACUUCAGCUUUAGACGCCACAUUAGGCGUGUACACUAUGCGUGUACUCGAUGCCCAGACCCUGCUUGCCAUGAACCAUUGAAUGAAUGGUGGGAAAUUGCAAAUCAUAUGCGGUUUUAUCACAAGUCUCCCUGA